AUGGCGGCUCCCAGCAAAGCGACCGUGGUUCUGAAGGCUGUGAAGAAUAUAGCGGUCCAGUUUUGUCCGUUUGAGUCUAAUGUCCGGUCCACGCGGGAGUUUCUGGCCAUGGUGGGCUCAGAGAGGGCCAGGUCUACCAACAUGAACUGUGAGGUGAUAUCGGUGGUGAGACACGACCAGUCUGCGCCCGUGGUGGACAUCACUUUCUUAGACGGAGACAAGCUGGUGUUGAAGGGAGCGAAGCUGACCAGCAGGGAGAUGCUGAACGCGUUUCAGUCACUGUGCACGGCCAAGGACCUGCAGGCAAAAAUUGCAGCAAAGAAAUAAAGAUCCUGGUGUGGAAUGAAUCUGUAUGUAGCUGUGUAUAUUCUGGGAUUUUUAUUAUUAAAGUAUUUCAUUUAAAUGUGGUUUCACUGAAGCUUUCCUGCAUUGAUUGUGCUGUGAAAUAAAGAUGAUACUGAGUUUG